AUGCCUCACCUUCCCACCAUUGCCGAUGUCAACCAACAUGACAUGAGACCUCCAGUGAGCUCUGUCCCUCAGAGCCGGUCUCCCACCCAAGUGACAAAACGAAGCUUGAAACAGGCUCAGAAACGGGCAUAUCAGCAUGGUGUAGCAUGGUAUAAGGGACGUUUGUAUCGACCUGAGGAUUUUCAUUUCAUGCCACCUCUUGAUCCUGACCUUGAGCCACUUGCCGAACCAACCAGUGCUGCCAAAGCCCAAUUGGCUAGCUGCAACAGGAUUCAUGGUAAUAGGCGUAGGAUCACUUGCAUGCAAUGGAACGUUGGAGGCCUCUCUCGACACAGACUGGACGAGUUGAAACAUUGGCUCUCCACCCAACAUGUUCAGGCCAUCACCUUAAUCGAGACCAGAUGGACGUAUACCGGGGAGUGGCUUGAUCCAGAAUGGAUCCACAUCCACUCUGGCCACCCUGCAUCCAGAGGCAAUGGGAUCUUGACCUUGAUCUCCCGCAGGCUCUGCUCAGAUAGAGAUAUCCGUUGGCAGGAAGUGGACAUUGGACGCUUAGUGCAUAUCAGGAUACCCACCCCUGGUAGACCCCUUGAUCUCAUUUGUGGAUACCAACAUGUUGACACCCGGAGCACCACCUGCCUCCAGAAACGUGAAACAUGGUGGAAUAAACUUGACCAGGUGCUGCAGUGCAUUCCACAAAGGAACUUAAUGCUAGUGAUGGCCGAUUUCAACUGCAACGUUCCUGAAUGUACCUCUUACUCGGGCAGUGAAUGGUAUCGAUGGCAGAACACCCUGACCAAAGGAUCCCAGCAUCAAGAUGCAGGGCGCCUGCUUUCCCUGCACCGCUACCAUGGCCUUGUAAUUUUGAACACAUGGAAUGCCCGUGAUGUUCCCACAAAUGUGCAUGGCCAAUGUUCCAACCGUAUUGACUUUGCCUGUGCCAGAAAAUCUCAUGUGGAUGGCAUUGCAAAACAACCUAAAUACCUUUGGCAUGCACCCUUCAUGGGAACCACCAAGUAUGGGCACGUACCAAUUUUGCACCAGAUAGCCCUGCACUGGGCUCAGAAGCGAUCCAUGAAACAGACCGGCAUCACGAAGCAGCAGAGCCAACAGGCCAAGAUGGCCAUGCAGGCAGCCACUGACCAAUGGUCUGCCUAUUUGCGAGCCUCUGCCGCUGUGAUGCAAUCCAGCCUGGACCGGGUUUUGACCUCAGAUGUGCCUGCUGAAUGCUCCAACCUGAUUCAAAUCAGAAAUGCAGCGGGCCACAUUGCCAGUCCCAGUGAAGAGCUUAAGCUCCCGGAGUGCCCUUCACGAUUUCUGAAUUGGAAAGACCCCAUCGGCAAAGCCUUGGUAGGACUUCUAAUCCAGUAUGCCAGUGCUGACGCCAGUAUCCAAAUGCAGCCAUGGCCACUGUGGGCCUACUUGCCCCGGCGUUCGACGCUGGAUCUGUACAGCGGUUACGUGCCUCACAGAGACCGACACCACAUGCCAGAGCUGCAAGGGGUUCCCACAUACCGAUUUUGUGGGGGUGUCUCCAUCAUGUUGGAUUUGGAACGUGCAUUUGAUGGUGUUUCCAGGUUCAAGCUUUUUGGUCAACUCCAUACCCUAGAGAUCAGGUCCUCGGUUGUUCAACUGUUGACUUCACGGCACUGUGAUACCCAUUACCAUUUUCAACAUGGACAUGACACUCAUGCGCUGCCCACGGGCGCUGGACUGAGACAGGGUUGUAAGGCCGCCCCAGGCCUUUGGAAUUUCUUGAUUCUACUUUACUUGAAAAAAGUUGCCACCGUAAUUCCCAUGGCCUGGCUCCAGAGCCACCUCAACAUUUACGCUGACGACUAUCAAGUAGGUGGAACUUUUUAUUCAACAUGCGAUUUGCAACUGUUGCUUCAAGCCUUUGGCAUUUUGCUUGAGACCCUGCGUGAAUUUUCAUUGCGUAUCAACACCAAGAUAUCUGUGGCACUUUUGGCCAUUGGUGGAACGUCACACCGACCUGCCCGUGCCCAGUUUGUGGAAAAGAAAAUGGAUCAAGAUCAGCUGCGCAUUCCCCUCCCGACCGGGGAGAUUGCCUUGAUUCCGACUCAGCCACAUGCCAAAUACUUAGGUACUAUCAUGACAUACAAAGAUUGUGCCCAAGCCACGUUGAAGCAUCGAUUGAGUCUUGCACGAAUUGCCCACCGCAGACUUGGACGGUGGUUCAGGGGUCGACAUGCACUCAGCAUCCAUCAUAGAUUUCAACUCUGGCGCGCGACCGUUUUGCCAGUGCUCACAUAUGGACUGUUUGCCACAGGUAUCUCUGACCAUGGUAUCAAACAUUUGCAAAGGGCAAUGUUCCCAAUGCUCCGACAAGUCGCAUGUGAUCAUGCAUAUCGCACAGGCCACACCAAACAACAAGCCUUUUCCAAAUUUAAUAUCCCCACGCCGUUGCAGCAAUUGCGCGCUGCUGCCAAGCAGCUUUUGCAGUCCAUCACUCAACGCCGAGUGACCAUGCCAGUGGAGGACAUCACACUGCAAUUGCCUUGGGACCACUUGGAAGACAUAGUCAUGCGUUUGGAUGUGGCUCAGGAACUGAGUACCCAGCCUGUUGAGCCCACUUCGUCUUGUGUUGGACCCAGUGACCACACGGCUCUCUAUACUGGACCUUGCGCUGCUGAGACCUACACACCCCAAGGGGCAUCAAUCUACAUGGCAGGCACUUUGCGUGCAGCCGGUGAAAUAGCAGUGCGCGGCCCAGUCAUGUUGCCUGAAGCUGAACUCAGCAACCUCAGAAAUGCCUCGUUUGGUCCUGCGCUUUGUGACAUUGUUGACAAACGUGACUGGCACAAACUGGCUGACGAAACCGCGGCAUGCCAGUAUAUGGCCACCAGAUGCAUUCUCUGUGGACUUCAGUUCAAUAGGGUUCAGGAUCUCAAUGCCCAUUUUCGACAGAUGCAUGGACCAUACUGGGAAGGGGUUCCGCAACGAGCCACUUUGAUGUCCAACACAUGGGCAACGGAAAGACCAUGUCAAUUUUGUGGAGCGCUCUUCAAAGCACAUCUUUGUCCUGUUUGGGUUCAGGUCACGGUCCUAUUCCUAUUUGGUGUGGGCCCCUCCACUGAUGCUGAAGCCUCCAAUGAGGACACUCCACGGCCGUUUCGCUGUGAGAUUUGCUUGGAAAGUUUUGCAGACGUGGCCAUCUUGACCGACCACAUGCGCUCUGCCCAUCAUUUGCAGGGCCUGAGCUUCAACUUGGCCAGGGACAGUGUUGCAGGAGAGCCAGCAUGUGCACACUGUGGAACAUUGUACGACUGCAUGGCCAGCCUCCGUUCUCACAUAGUGCAAGGACGAUGCAGUUCCUUCAGUCCAGAUGCAAUUGCAGAAAGCCUUCCUGUAGACGAGUCCUGGCUCACAGCUUGCACUGGUGGACAAAUGAUGGGACUAUUGAGAGACUCUCGACAGAGAAUGCGUCUCUCUCUGCACUGUCAACUUUGUGGUGGCCGUUACUCAUGGUCAUCCGGCCUUUCCAACCAUCUCCAGGGGUCUCACUCCAGAUUAUGGCGCCUGUCUCAACAACUGACUUUGGUCUUGGUUCAGCUGAUUUGCUCCAGCGGCAACUGUGUAUGCAAUCCCUCUCUGCAUGUCAACCGACUUGGACACAUCUGCCAGCCGUUGAGGCAGCUCAGUAUGCUGUACCACAUGAUGGAGGACAAGAUCUUUGCACCAUUCCAAGCCAGUGAGGACAGCCUUGCCAGACUGUUGAACAAAGAUUUGCCACGACCUUUCCGUUUUCUCCUUGAACAGAUUGUGACAUAUCGGUGCUUUGAGAAGCCGUGGCAGGAUCCAACCUGUGUGCAAGCAUUGCAUCAGCGGUGCAUCUUUUGUGGACAAGAACCUGAUGCCUCUGCCAUGUGCCAACAUUUACGUGAGGCGCAUCCAUGCAGCCACUUAGCAUUUUCUUUCUACAUGAGUACACUUGCACCCAUGAUGCUGGCUCAACAAACGGUGGACCAUCAAUGCGAUGCUUGCAAUCAGAUCUACAAUUUGCCUGCCACUGGCGAGCUGUCACCUGACCCUGCCCGACAGCAAUUGGCUCAAUCACACCUGCUGCGCAACUGCCCUAAUUCCUGCAGGUGGUGCUGCUCUUGA